AUGGCACAAUCAUCAAACAUGAGUACUGCCAUCACUUCCCUCAAUGUUAUGCCGCAAGAUCUAUCAAAGCUUGAUCGAUUUGAUGGCAACAACUACAAACGGUGGAAGGAGAAAGUGGAAUUUCUACUUACAACUUUGAAAGUUCGAUAUGUUUUGGUCACUCCAUGUCCCGCUGUUUCUAUAGAGAAUGCUACUAAAGAUCAAAUUGCUGCAAAGGCCAAGUGGGAGGAUGACAACUACACAUGUCGUGGGAACAUCCUCAACACUCUUACUGAUUCUCUGUUUGAUAUGUAUGCACCAAUGAAGCAAGCAAAGGAAAUCUGGGAUGCGCUGGAGAAUAAGUACAAGACUAAGGAUUCAAGAAACAAAAGCUAUCUUGUGAGUAAUUAUUUUGAUUUUAAGAUAACUGAUAAUAAGCCUAUUUUGAAUCAGGUGCAUGAUUUGCAACUUAUUGUGCAUCAAAUAAUUGCUGAGGGCAUUCCUAUUGAUGAGAAAUUUCAAGUUGGUACUAUUAUUGCCAAGUUACCGUCAUCAUGGAAAGACUACCGAAAGACCCUUAAGAGAAAGGGUGAUUUUCUCAAUCUUGAAAGCCUUCAAAGGCAACUUCGGAUUGAAGAAGCAAGACUUCGGGACAAGCAAGAAGAAAACGCUAAAAUGACAAAGGCUGCCCAUGUUGUUGAAAUAGACAAUAAAAAGGGGAAGCGGCCUUGGGCUGGAGAUUCCUCAACUAAAGAAAAUAACAAAAAGAAAAAGAAGGGGGCAUGUCAUUUUUGCAAGAAGAAAGGGCACUACAUUAAAGAGUGUAGGCUCAAAAAGAAGAAAGAUCAAGCCAACACUGUUGAAGAAAGUCUUGUUGCUGUCAUAACUGAAGUGAAUUUGGUAUCUCAUAAUGCUGGUUGCUGGGUAGAUAUUGGAGCAACUCGUCAUAUUUGUAGUGACAAAAAUCUGUUCAAAAAAUAUGAGAAAGUUGGUGACGAGAUAGAGCUCUACAUGGAAAAUUCUUCUACUACUAAAGUUGCUGGAAAAGGCAUUAUAGAGUUGAAGUUCACAUCUGGCAAAUCAGUGACCUAA